AUGGCCAUCUCUAUCAAUAUCCCAAUGUUUGAUAUGACCGAUUCCAAGCUCUCUAAGUCGGCCGACUCGUUGGAGUCUGCUCUUGCCCAAUUUGGCAAGAAUGCUACUCCUUUGGCCGGCGACAAUUACAACCUCAUCAACGCCACUGCUGCUGUCUCCAACAAUGGCAGUGGGUUUGAUGAGUGGUUGGCGUCCGACUUCCAGUUCGGUGCCCUCUCCGGUGAUGAUUCCUCUUUGUCCUCGAGCCCCUACACCGCUCUGGACGAUUCGCCCCUUCUGGGUUUCGAGUCGUUCGGUUCGGCCAUGAACCCCUCGCUCUUUGACAUGCCCUUGGGUCUCGUCGCUGCUUCCCCCGUCAUCCCCGCCACCACUGUUGCGCCCGUUACCCCCGCUUCUCCCAUUGUCGCCCUCCCCCCCGUCAAGGCCCCUCCCAUGUUGACCACUGCCGCAGUCCAGCAGGCUGCCAUUGCUCUCAACAUCCCCUGGAGCCAUGACUUGGAGCUUGCCGUCAUGGCCCAGGCCGCUAACCAUGCCACCACUAUCCUCCCCUCGGCCCCCGCUCUCACCGCCGCUGCAGCUUUUGUUGUACCCAAGAUCGAGCCUGUUGAGCAGUCUUAUGUUUUCUCGUCGACGAUCAACAAGAAGCGUGCUGCCUCGCCUGCUGAUGAGCCCGAGGAGGUGGUUGCCAAGCGUGCCAAGAACACCGACGCUGCCCGUCGCUCUCGUCUGAAGAAGCUUGUCAAGCUCGAGAGUCUGGAAGUCAAGGUUUCUGAGCUCGAGGCGGACAAGACUCGUCUGACCAUGCGUGUUGCCGUGUUGGAGACUGAGAAGACUUCCCACCUUGUCCGUGAGGCCGAGCAGAACGCUCGUAUUGCCCAGCUCGAGGCCAAGUUGGCCGAGGCUCACGCUGCCCUCACCGCUCGUCCAUGA